CACCAGCACCCACAAUGGCCGACAACUUGCUCGACUUAGCCAGCGCCAACAGCGAGACUCCUCGCAGUAAUCCCGGGCUUCAAGAGGGCUAUCAUGCCGAGACCAGACGCCUCAAAGUCGCACAGGUCAUGGCCAACUAUUUGAUGACUUGCUCUCCCGAAGCGUGGUUCAAGCAAUACGCGCCUCAUAGCCGUUGGAGCGACUCGGAGCUGGACGAACUUCUUCACGCUCUGAAGGAGAAGAACAUCUGGAAGCCAGAGGGCUGGACAGAAAUUCUGGCAGCUAUGCAAGACCGGCAAACCGAGAACAAUACCUACUCUCCUAUCUCGAAGAUCGCCGCCGCCGUCGCCGAACAAACCCAGAAGAUGAAGGGGAUCGCGCCCACCACGAAGAUACAGAACGCCCCUCAUGACUGGAGCGUUCCCGAAGUCCCCUCGCACAAAUGGUUCCCCGACCUUCGCGGCUACCUCGCCAAGUCUCAAACGAUUGACCCCCGCACCCGUGAAUCCGAUUCCACCAACCCGCAAACUUUUGCCAAUGAUUCCAGUGAUAUGUACCCGCUCGUGGAAGGGGAGCUUCAGGAACCCCAGCGCGUUGAACUCAGAAAGCCUCGGCCCAGCGCUCGACUCGACGGCAACUCGAAGGGAGCCAAGGAACAGGAGACGAAGAUGAACCUCUCUGAUGUCGUCGCCAUUGGAGAGUUCAAACGCGAGAAGAAAACUGCUGAUCAACGUGACAAUGAACUCAAAAUAUCUGGCGGAGCUACAGAACUCUUAUAUAAUGAUCCCUGCCGCCGUUUCGUCAACGGCUUCACCAUUGAAGAUAGAAAUAUGCGCAUGUGGAGGUUCGAACGUAGCCACGUAUGCUUUUCCCAGCCGUUUGAUUUUCACAAGAAAGCGAAGCUGUUCCUGCGGUUUCUCCUCUAUAUCAUAUUUUCAUCGCCCAAAGACCUUGGCUUUGAUCCCACCGUCCGUCGUUAUUACAAGCCCAUUACCGAAAACGCCGAUUCCCCAUCGCCCGAGACAGACGGUUGCCGAUACGAAAUUGCGUACCGGUAUCAGAUUGGCAGCCGGUUUUUCCUCACGGAAGGGCCUCCCAUCUCCGAAGAGGCUGCAUACUGGGUCGCUUCUAGAGCCACGCGAGUCUGGCGCGUCAGGGAAAUGAUCUUCCAGGACCGCAACAAGGAGCAUAUCUACACGCUCGGCGAAUGCAAAGUCCUCAAGGAUGCCUACCUCUUUGAAGAUGCGGUCCUCGAGAGCGUAAUCAGGGGGCAAAUUAUGGAGUCACUCAAACAUGUCGACGGAGUAGAUCUUGAGGACGCGGCGCGUCACUUCUUGGAUUACGAACUCGACGAAGUCGUCAAGUUGCCCGACGGAGACAAGGAAUGGAGGGAGGAUGAUCUGACCAGCGUCACUGACGCCAACGCGCGUGCCUACUAUAGCUCUGCUCCUAAUCCACCCCAGCCCUCCCUUGUCCAGGAAUCUCAGCGUACAUCUAUGUCUCAGAAAGACUCAAACCAACCUGGCACUACCGACGCUUCACAACAACUACCUGAUGGACAGAGUGGACGUUCCAAGUCUCACUGGGACGACUUGCGGUAUCAUCGUCGGAAGCAUGUUCGAACCGUCAUUGCGGAGGUGUGCCAAAACAUGUACGAGCUGGAUAAUUGGGUUACGUUCCUGGAGUGCAUGAUUCACCUUAUCAAAGGUUUAAACUAUAUGCGCCAGGCAGGGUGGGUACAUCGCGACAUCAGCGGAGGAAACUGUCUCUGGCAUCCGGGCACCACGCAAGGGAAACUUGCCGAUCUGGAAUACGCCCGCCCCUAUAAACACAAUUCCAUGCUGAUUCACGACCCGAAGACGGGCACGCCUGCUUUCAUGGCCGUGGAAUAUCAAGAACGACGAUAUAUGUUCCGACCACGUCAGAACUUCCGGACAGUGCUUGAUGAUGAUGACGUUUUCCUGUCUCAGCCUCAUAUCUGGAAUUUACCGUUCGCCUAUAACUUCUACCAUGACCUGGAAUCGAUCCUUUGGCUUUACGUCUGGAUGGCUCAUUACCGUCCUCCGUCUCCUUGCGUACCUCCUGCGCUGGUCACGUCGGUCUCGCUCACUCUCAGGACAGAAGGAAACUAUUUCUUUGUCUGCGGAACAGGUGGUAACCAAAAGCGCUCGGGUGGUAUCUCCGAUGGCCGGCUGCUUUCCCGUGAUGUGGGACGAGUCUACGCGGGAGCUCGUAGCGCCUAUAUGCUUAAAGUUUUUUCAUUUGUUCACCCUCUCGGGUCAGCCUAUACAGCGCUUCAAUCUUCUCUGCCCGAUGAUACGCUUCCCUCCGGUAAUCCCAUUUGGAUGGACACCCACUUCGGCUCCGCAUUAUACGACGAGUUCUGUGAUCAUGUCACCGAGGUGCUGGAAAAGGUGAAGCAGCAUCCAGAUAUCCAUCGCAUGGUAUCGAUCAGCAGCAGAUGGGAGAAAACGGGGCGGCCCCUUACCAUUACCCAGGAGUCGGACAGCUCCAGUGCACAUGCAAACAAGAAGGCCAGGCUAUCUACGGACCAGUAGCUAGCACUUCACUCUAAAUUUAUGUGUAUGGUUCCUUUUCG